GGGUAAAUUCGCCUCCUCAGAAGGUGCUGGCCCUAGACUCUAGUUUCGAACAUCAGAUAUUCCACAUAUUUCGAAAUCUUUCAUCAGCUUUCACAGAAAAUUUCCCACACCUCCUCGUUUUCGCAUAGGUACUGCAACUUUUAUCAGUUUUAUUUACUGCAUUUGCUGACUUGGAAGUUGUGCUGAACAGUAGCAGCUGGACAACCAACUACUUAUCAAAUUCCAUCAUGUCUGGAGAGAACGUUGAACCAAUCUAUACUUCUGAUACCAAAGGCGAUGACCAAACAGGAGAUGGUACUAAAGAAAACCCAUUCAAAACGAUUCUCAAGGCAAUGCACAAAGCCGGCUCCGAACCAUUCCCACUGAUUUAUGUAGAUGGUAAAGAAAAUGUAGAAUUCGAACCAGCUGCUAAAUCCCAACUCAAAAAAAUACAAAAAAUAUGGCAAAGAGAAAACUAUAAACAAGCAGACAAAUCCAAAAAGGAGGAGGAAGAUGCAGAAAAGAGAAACAAGAACUUGGAAGAAGCUAAAAAAAUUAUUAUCACUGAGGAUAAGUCUCUUCCAGUAGCCAAACGAAUUCGCAUAUUUGAUGGUGAAAAACACAGAGAUCAGAGGGUUAAAAUCUAUGGUUGGGUCCACAGGAUAAGAAGGCAGGGAAAGAACAUGAUGUUUAUCACACUCAGAGAUGGCACAGGGUUUUUGCAAACAAUUUUGAAUGACAAACUUUGUCAAACCCAUGAUGCUCUAGUUUUGCAAACAGAGUCAUCUGUGGUUCUGGUGGGGGUGCUCAAAAAGCUUCCAGAAGGAAAAAUUGCCCCUGGCGACCACGAACUAGUCGUAGAUUAUUGGGAAUUAAUCGGCCUUGCGCCCCCCGGGGGGGCCGAUUCUCUAUUGAACGAGCAGGCUCUACCUGACGUUCAAGCCGAGAACCGUCACAUAAUGAUCAGAGGAGAAAACACUUCAAAGGUGUUGAGAAUCAGAUCUGUGCUUUUGCAAGCUUUCAGAGACCAUUAUUUGGACAGAGGAUAUUGUGAAAUUACACCUCCUUCUAUAGUCCAAACUCAAGUUGAAGGGGGAUCUACACUUUUCAAAAUGGAUUAUUUCGGGGAAGAAGCAUAUUUGACGCAGAGUUCUCAACUAUAUUUGGAAACAUGUCUGCCAUCUAUGGGCGAUGUUUACUGUAUAGCUGAAAGUUUCAGAGCAGAACAAAGCAGGACACGAAGACAUUUAGCAGAAUACACUCACGUGGAAGCCGAAUGUCCCUUCAUCACCUUCGAUGACCUCCUCAAUCGUUUGGAGGACCUCAUUUGCGACGUGGUAGACAGGGUGUUGGCCUCCCCCUACGGCCACAUAGUCCGCGAACUGAACCCCGACUUCCAAGUGCCGCAGAGGCCCUUCCUCAGGAUGAACUAUUCCGAGGCGAUCGAAUAUCUGAAAGAGCACAACAUCACCAAGGAGGAUGGAACAUUUUACGAAUUCGGAGAGGACAUUCCCGAGAUGCCGGAAAGAAAAAUGACGGACCAAAUCAACAAGCCAAUCAUGCUGUGCCGUUUUCCCGCCAACAUCAAGUCGUUUUAUAUGAGCAAGUGUCCCGAGGACAACAGGUUGACGGAAAGCGUUGACGUGUUGUUGCCGAAUGUUGGCGAAAUUGUGGGUGGUUCAAUGAGGAUAUGGGAUCUAAAGGAAUUGCUCGAUGGAUACAAGAAAGAGGGAAUAGACCCAGCCCCAUACUUCUGGUACACUGAUCAGAGGAAAUACGGGACAUGCCCCCAUGGGGGUUAUGGCCUGGGUCUGGAGAGAUUUGUGUGUUGGUUGCUCAACAGAUACCACAUCAGAGAAGUCUGUCUUUAUCCACGUUAUCUCAACCACUGCAAACCAUAGUGGACUUGUAUUGGGCAGUUUGGCAUUUAUAUGAUGGUUUUUGUUUUGUAAUUGAUGCUUCUUUUUUGUUCAAUUCAGUUAGCCUUUUAUUUUCUUUUAUUGGAUUCCUAUUAUCAAUAAGUCAUUCCCUAGCAUUUGUAUUUAUGAAUUGUUUUUGUAAUUUAUGCCUAUUUUGUUGAAAUUAUAGCCCUAACAUUUAUAUCUGUUUUUUAUUGGAAUAAUAUAUUUUCUACACACUUCAA